UGUGAACAGAAGCGCUUCAAUCCUUCAUUUGAUAUCGGAAUUUUUUAAUAUGGCGGCCCAAGGAGCGGCUAUGCCGCUUCAAUCCAAGGAUCAUAAGACGUUGAUGGAUAUUAUCGAUAAAUUGAGGUCGAAGGGGAUCAACCGAUAUGUUAAUCUUCCACAGAUCGUCGUCUGCGGCGAUCAGUCAUCGGGUAAAAGUUCUGUUUUGCAGGCAAUUUCGGGCAUGACUUUUCCGACUAAGGAUAGCCUCUGUACACGCUUCGCGACGGAAUUGAUCUUACGACAUACCAACGAACACAUCGAAGAGAAGUGUCGCGUAUCUAUUUCUCCUGGCAUCGAUCGCUCGGCUGAAGAAAAGGCACGUCUUGAGAAGUUCCAAUACUCCGAGAUCCCUGACAGCUUCAACAUUGGAGCCUUGGUAGAUAAGGCUAAAGAAGUUAUGGGAGUUGGUUUUGAUCAAGGUAGAACCUUCUGCAAGGACGUCCUUCGCAUCGAACUAUCCGGUCCAACUCAGCCUCACUUGACAAUUGUCGACCUCCCGGGACUUUUUCGUGCCGGUAAUAAGGAGCAAUCGGCUGAGGAUGCUGCGAUCGUACAAUCGCUAGUGCUAUCGUACAUGAAGAAUCCACGGAGUAUUAUACUGGCCGUGGUUUCAGCUCAGAGCAAUUUUGCUUUGCAGGAAGUCACUCAGCAUGCACGCGAGAUAGAUAUCCGUGGUGAAAGGACUUUGGGGCUCAUCACAAAGCCGGACACACUCGACGUCGGCUCAGCAAGUGAGCGUGACUAUUUCGACUUAGUACAGAAUAGGGACGUCAAGUUCCGGCUUGGAUGGCACGUUAUGAGAAAUCGUGAUUUCAAAAGUAGAGACGUCACUAAUAAGGAGCGGGACCAAGCAGAGGCGGAGUUUUUCGACCAAGGCGUCUGGGCUGGACUACCACGAUCUCAGAAAGGUUCCGCAAGCCUACGUACUCGGUUGAGCGAGGUUUUAAAGGAACAAAUACUGGAACAGCUACCAGAAGUUCUGGAAGAGAUUCAGAGAGGACUAGAUGAAUGCACAAGCCAGCUUGAAAAGCUUGGCGAAGCUCGGAGCACGCGCGCUGAACAACGCAAGUACUUGCUCAAGGCUAGUCACCAAUUCUCGAAUCUUAUCACCGAAGCAAAAGAUGGAUUUUAUCAGGAUAAGUUCUUUGGAAACGCUCGGGAAGAGAUCGGAUACCGUAAAAGGCUCCGUGCUGUCGUGCAGAACACUUUGACUGAUUUUGCUCAUACGAUGGAAAUUGAUGGACAUGCAAGGAAGAUUGUUGAGAAAGCCUCAGAAAACAACCCUACGGAGAUCUCAAGAGACGAUUACGUACUAGAAGUGAAAGACCUGAUGAAAAGAACUCGGGGAUGUGAGCUUCCGGGCACAUAUAACCCUUUGAUAAUCGGCGAAUUGUUCCGUGAACAGUGCAAGCCCUGGAGAAGCUGGUUGGAAAGUUUCUCCAGCAAGAUAUCCGAAGCUGUUGAGUCUAUUGUCAAUGAAGCAUUGGCCUAUAUUGUGGAUGAGGAUACCAAGGCAAAGCUCUGGGGUGAAUUGAUUAGUGAUGGCUUGGGUCGGCUCAACCGCGAGCUUGGCAGCAAGGUGGCCGAGAUCCUGCGACCUCAUGAGGAUGGCCACCCAAUUACAUACAACCAUUAUUUGACAGAAAACGUCCAGAAAAUUCGCAUCAGCCGCUAUCGGAACAAUGUCAUGCGUGGCCUGAAAGAGACACCAAGUAUGUUACGUGGAAAUCUUGAUGGGUGCUUGGAGGCAGCUGUUAAGUAUACCGAAAAAGACAUGGAGACUGUGUCGAGUUCGGAUGCGAUCGACUGGGUGGAGGCAUAUUAUAAAGUGGCACUGAAGCAAAUUAUAGAUGACUUCAGCAAGCUAGCUAUUGAGGCCUGUCUUAUUUCGAAGCUGCCUAAGUUAUUUACCCCAGAAGUGGUAUAUGAUCUCAGCGAUGAUACCGUAAGCACGAUUGCUGCCGAGAGUUGGGAAACGGUAGACAAACGAAAAUUCCUUACGGAUAAGAUGAACGUCCUGAGCAGUGGUAUGACGGAACUACAGCGACUAAACAAAUAUCAUAUGCGCAUAGGCGGUGGCAAACUAGAAAAAGAAGUCAGCACACCUGACUCUUCCUCUGAGCAAGAACAGUCUUGGAGCCUCCCAGCUGCAAAGCCACUUAUGCUAGAGCGAUCAGAGGAACCGGAACAUGAAACAACAAGUCCGGUAGGAUUAGAGGUGAUAAGUGAGCCUAGAUCCCCAAACUAUGGCUGGAGGAGACAGCAGUCCUCUAAACCGUAUGAUGAGUGGAGUCAUCUAAGUAAAUGAACCGGGUUUUGAUAUUUCCGAGGAAAGCAAAGUUAUCACGACUAAAAAGACGAAGAAAAAAGAAAAGAGAGAACUGACUUUAGCUGGGCACUUAAUACUCAACCCCUCGGGGCGCAACCUGAGGAAUACGAACGCGA